UUACUCAAUCAAACCAACCAACUAUUGGACCCCAUUAUUACUCAUCCAUAUCUAUAGCCCCACUCGGCCGCAACCUAAAAAUGCCAUUAUCUUCUUCUUCUUCUUCCUACAAACCCUAACCUUAGAAAAAGAGACCAAUGGAGAACUUGUCCUACUCUUCAUAUCCAGAUUCGGCCAACUCCUCGCCACACUCACGCGACGUGGACGAGACUCACUCAUUUGAGGAGCCACCACCAGCAGCAGUAUCCAGUAAUAAUAAUAACUACAAAGUAAAAUUCAUGUGCAGUUACGGUGGUAAAAUCCAACCCAGACCUCACGACAACCAACUCGCUUAUAUCGGUGGCGAUACCAAAAUCCUAGCCGUUGAACGCAACAUCAAGUUCUCUCUUUUUAUUAGCAAAUUUGCUUCUCUUUGUAACACUGAUCAUCAUCACAUAUGCUUUAAGUACCAGUUACCUGGCGAAGAUCUCGACGCUUUGAUAUCUGUCACUAAUGAUGAAGACCUCGAGCAUAUGAUGCUUGAAUACGACCGCUUGUAUCGCGCUUCUGCUAAGCCUGCCAGAUUAAGGUUGUUUUUGUUUCAAUUGAAUCCGAGUAAUAGUUUCGGAUCCGAUGACGCGAAAUCGGAGCGUCAGUGGUUUGUUGAUGCUUUGAAUUCUGUGCCGGUGCAGGUCUCGCCGGGAAAUGCGGACUUUCUGUUUGGAUCAGAAAAGGCGGUUACGGUGGAGGAGAAUCAACAGAUUUCUCCAGAUUUAGAGAGAUUGCAAAUUGCCGAUACACAUGAGCAUGUUUUUAAUAGGAAGAUUGAGGAGGCAAAUUCUAGGGUUUAUCCUGUAGAGUAUCACCAGCAGAAAGUCGGUGAAAUUGCUACUCCACCUGCGGCGCAGGUUGCAAUGCCGGUACUAAUGCAGGUUCCUGCGCCUUACUUGCCCGAAAGACACGUCAGCUAUGCCAUUCCUGGAAAUGAGCAGACAGUUUAUCAAGUACCUUAUCAUCACACUCCAACGACAUUGAGACCGGUGAUCGGACAAGUAGGUCAAGGCUGUUAUGGGAUGCAGCAGCCAGUGUAUAAUAUGGUCCCACCACCACUAACGACGUCAGCAACAGCAGUAGCUUCACUUCCACAACAACAGCAGCAGCAGCAACUUGGGAUGUAUAGUGAAGGGACUGGGAUGGUGCAAAUGCAACCAAAAGUUGAGCAAGGGUAUCUGCAGGUUGGUUAUGAUAGCGCAGGGAGGCAGGUUUAUUAUACACAGCAAUUUCAGGCCAUGGCUGCACCACCACCAGCUACUGUGCCGGUGGGUGCUGCCCUAAAUCAAGAUGGUAUGGUUCAGGUUGUUGGUGGUGGUGCUAAUGUAAUGGGCCCACAAACUUCAUCUGUGUGAUUUUUCUGGUUAUAAAUUAUUGGUUAGAAUUAUAUAGUUAAUUACAAUAAAAAAAUGAUUUUUGCACAGGUGAACUUUAGUGCGUUCUGUUGUGGAACUAACUUUGAUGUGCUGGUUUACUCACUUUGACAUUGUUUAAUGUGUAAUCACUGAUGAUUUUAUGAUUAGAUUAUUGCACUUUGUUGUAGUUGCUAAA